AGCUCUUCUCCCAAAGGACGUCAACAAUCGGAAUAAAGCUCUGAGUUAAUAUCGACGCCGGGGGUUUAUUCAAGGAUCGGAAGGAUCGAUAAUUAACUGCGAUAUUAGAAAAGUUUCAUUUGCAAUCGAUCAAACGAGAGACGAGAGACGAGAAAGAGAAGGAGUUGGAAAUAAGAAGAAGGCUACAAUUUCGACGAAACCGGUUUUCGCACCUUGUAGAUAAUAGUACUGAUAACAAUAAUAUACACGUUGCACAUCAUCGUCGGAAGGAGAGAGAGAGAGAGAAAGGGAGAGAGAGAGAGAGAGAGAAAGGGAAGAAAGGACGGAACGCAGCGUAUCAACGUUUGCGAAUUAAAUAAAUGUGCAGAAUAAAAGCUCGGACCUAGAAUACAGCGGAGGAGGAGAGUUGAGAUCGUAAUAUUUGACCCGGCAAAGAAUCAAGAGUCUAAUCGGAAUAAUAAAAACAUUAAAGAUAAACGAUCAAGAAGAAGCUAUUCAAAAUUACUGUUACUGGAAGAUUUUGCUUUACAUAUACAUGAUAAAAUUAAACACCGUCUAAAUUCGUCAUCGAUAUAAUCGGAAAUAAGCGAAGAGAUUUGAGACUCUCGUUUCGAUCAAGAAAAUUACGAAAAAUUUAUUCGAACAAACUAGAGUCCCAUAUUUUUUUUUUUUUUUUUGCGUUUACCUUUUCCGCACAAUUGGAGAUCCCGAAUUUCGUUCCCAAUAAUUGUUUACUCUCUGUCUUUUACCGUUCUCUUCCGAGCCCAGCUUUGAUAAGAUUUUCCCGAAUCCAGACUCCGUCAGUAAAAAGAAAAAGUUGUUGGAAUAAAUAAAAAAUACACACUCGCGCACGCAAAAAGGCUAACUCGCCGCUUAAACCAAUCGUACAACCGUGGCCGUAGAGAACAAGUUCGUGAAUAAACAGUGAGAAACGAGGGGAUAUAAGAUAAUGGGGGUGUCGUUGAUCCCCGUGUUGCUGGUGAGUCUGGCCGUGGCGACUGCCAGCGGACACGCGAUGGCCAAAAGAAGCGCCGCCGGAAGUGGACCUGCGGCCUUCGACUAUCCCGAUUAUCCGGCGGCGAAGUACGACGAGUAUCCGGUGGUCGUGCCGAAGAGGGCGGCUUUGCUGCUGGACAGGUUGAUGGUCGCGCUGCAGAAGGCGGUGGAGGAGCAAGGCUCGGGAGGAUCGAGCGGCAGAUCGAUCUCGAGAUCGGCGCCCCAGCAGCAGCUGGUUAGCUCGCAGAUCGUCCCUGCAGUAUCGGCGGACGAACAGACGAUGGAUCUCCAGCGUCGUGGACAGGCGAAGGGUCGGGUCUAUUGGCGGUGUUACUUCAACGCUGUGACAUGUUUCAAGAGAAAGUGAUGAAGACGGACGAACGCGAGCAUGCAACAAUAAAUUAUCCACUCUGUAUCACUUCCUCUACUAACUAUAUCGAGUUAUGAAGCGAAAAAUCAAAGAAAACCAGAAAAAAAAAACAAAAAAACAGUAAAAGUAAAUUGAAAAAAUCCAAGAAUCUCCAAUUACUAGGUGCAAUCCUGCUGCAACUGACGCUGCAUAACGAUUCGAGUAAUUCUCACCGACUUGGAUGAAAUUUGAAAACUGUGUACCAUUAAAAAAAAAAAAAAAUUGUCCGGUCUCUAAUCCGUACUUUCGUUUCAUAGAAUUGAUGUGUAAUCGCUGAUUUCAAUUACAUGUACGUACCAAUCUGAAGUAUCUUUUUCUCAGAAUCUUGUUAUAUUGUUGAUUAGAUUGAUCGACUACCAUUAAUGCUGUUUCUACGCAACCUUUAUAUAGUUUCAAGCGCACAAUAUUGAAUCCCAUGACGUACCUAUCCGUGAACCCGAAACUGUGUUAUCGAGACUGACGUAGGGUAUCAUUAUAACUUUAUUACGUGUAUAUUAUCUAUUGCAUACAGUAUACAAAUUCCGUUAUUUAUCGCGACGCAUAUGUGAAGCGUGAAAAAAAACGAGGAUUAUACCAUUUUGCAUUACGUAUAAACGCUCACGUAAUAUAAUAUCGUGGCAUGAAAAAGAACACCGACCUUUUUUUCUCUUGUAUAAUUAACAAGCAGUUUGUAUUAUCUAUAAUUGUUAAUUGACCUGUACCACAAUCGUUUGUAUACACAUCGUCGACACGAACGUUUUUCAUUAUACACCCUGAUAAUUAUUAAAUACUAUAUUUGAAUAGCGUGCGAAA